UUACAGCUGCGCAAACAAGAUGGGAGGUGCUUCGAGCAAGGGAGGAGCGGCCGCUGGGCGAGCCGCUAGGUCGGUGGCCAAAUCUGGGGCGUCUGCUGGAAAAAACACUCCUCCAAUGGGCUCUCAUCUGCCAGUAGACGACGACCUCCUUACGAAUUUCAAGCCUAAGAAAGGCAAGUGUACAUCAUGCAGUCUGCCUCAGCAUGGAUGAUACUUCCCUCGUUGGUGCAUCAAGCAGUGGUCCAACUGUCGCGGCCUAGCUGGGUUGUUACCGGCUCACCUGUUGCUAUUGUAGGAUUUUGCGUGCGUAUGUGUUCAUGCUGGCACGAGGCAGCCACCCAACGACGCUUUCCUUGUGGGUGUCGCGGUACGUUUGAGCCCAGCGAGUGCGGGGUGUUUCGAAGCUUCGAAGCGGGAACACCAGGGCACGCAACCUGGGAUGCAACCGGCCAAGCAAGGUAGUUCGUAGCAAGACAUAGCUGCCACAGCUGUUCUACUCGAACGAUGGCCACAGCAAUACGUCGGAUAUAGUCUAUCCCACCCCCUGGAAAUGGCGAAGAUGUUCUUCUGGCGAGAAAGCAAACCAACUGCAAAUUAUUUUGCGCCGAUCAUCUGUCGCUCCAGUGAUACCGCUGUACUACAUGUAAGUACGAGACAUCAGCUGCAGCAUAGCUUCAACCCGUGUGUAUUGUAGCACAUGCACGAGCGAUGACGGUAUAACCUAUGUGCUGGGUAUUUGCGUGCAAGCCGCAGAAGACCGCAUGUACUGUAGCUCUCUCGCACGCACUCCUUUCGACCCGAGGAAACUACAGUACACAUACAUGCGUGUGGUAGCUGUGUCGAACGCUCAACACAGAAGAGCCUUUGGCAGAUACAGCAUGAGUCGGGGAGGCGCUGCUUUGACGUAUUAUCGCCCCGCUAACCCAUGCGUACGUUACACUCGCGCGAUACGAAGCAGUUGUCGAGAUGUCAAGACCAGACGCCCAGGCAGCGGCGAAGAAGAUGUACGACCAGCAGGUUCCUGACAUGAACGCAGACAUCCUCCGCCAGGCGAUGGCGAUGGGCCCAGUCGGCAAGGCCGAGCUCACGCACCAGAAACUGGUGCCCGAUGCCUCUGAGAUGGUGACGAGCAAGACUCCCCGGCCAUUACCGAAGGACCGAACAAGGGCGGUCGCGAAGAGCGGCGAGGUGGAUGCCAAGAAGGGCUUGCUCACACAAACUCAGCUCGCGGCGUUCUUGGAAAGGAGGGUGGCAAAUGGCGCCGGUUCCCCUCCCCCGGCAGGCCUACUGGAGGAGUUCCAUGUCUCGGAGGAGGACGCGGCCGUGCUGCUGCGCUACUGUCGAGCGCCGGACAUCCGCAUGUACGAGGACGUCAUGACCGCGCGAUGGCACUGGCCCACCGGCGGUGGGGAGAGCGGGUCUCAGCUCACCUCGUCGUCCUGACGGCGGCGAGCGUGCUUUGCGGCGUGGUCCGUUCCGUUUGUCGUCAGGUUUAGGUUUCGUGUCAGCGAGGAGGGGCCAUCUCGGUGUCAAUCGAGCUCAUGACCGCAUGUGUUUUUGCGCAGGUUUUGGUGAUGAAAAAAACAGGAGAAGAGGACCAGGCAUUUUUUCACCUUGGUUGCUUGACCGUUGUUUCCUUCUAGUAUCUUCUCGUGCCUGCCUGCCUGACCGUGCCGGGUUAAUCGUUGGUUCCUUUUUGGUUGCACGACGAGAUUCUGCUGCCAAUCCAAGCGCAGUUGCCGCCACAAGCGGGUGCUGUCGACAGCGAGUUUUCGAGCGAGGAAUAUCCCGGGCGUUUCCUCGCUUCCCACAAGGGCAGCUUCAUUUUGUGAACGCAGGUUUGUAGCGCAGGUAUUCUACGAUGCUUUCGUUAACACUAAAAUGAAUACACAGGUGCACCAGGCCCAGCUCGGCAAGCCCACGC